CGGGACACUUUUUGCAGCGCGCGCGUUAAAAGGAGAGGGAGUGGCGCGCGGGCUCAGAGGAGAGAAACUCCGCGCGCAGGAGGAGCGGAGCGCGGCUGCGCCCGGGAUAACGCGAUUAGCGCUCCAUUAGUCUGUCCACGGAGCAGCUCCAGCAGCACAGAGACACCCCCACCCUCAUGGGAACCGUUCUCCCGCCGCGUGGAUCCUCCUCGCUGCUCUUUGAAGAAGUUAUCCGGCAGUUGUCGCGCGUCCGCGGCGCCGGCGGGGCGCGUUUCCCUGUUUCAGAUGAACCUCAGCGACAGGAGGAGGCGGCUCACGAUGAGGAGCAGCAGCCCGGCGGAGCCCCGGAGCAGCCGGUGAGCACCUGCCCCCCCCCCCAGCCCUCCUCUGAGCUGCGGCUCCAUCGCUGUUGACCUCAGGUGAACCUCUGGCCCGAUGGAGGACAGCAACCAGACCAGCCAGAACGCUUCGGGCUCGGCGCCUUACAGCCUCCAGGUCGCCCUGCCGCUGUCCGUGCUGGUGGGGGUCAUGAUCUCGUUGAUCGUGUUUGGCAACGUGCUGGUGGUCAUCGCCGUAUUUACCAGCCGGGCCCUGCGGGCCCCACAGAACCUUUUCCUGGUUUCUCUGGCGUCAGCUGACAUUUUGGUGGCCACCCUGGUGAUGCCGUUCUCUUUGGCCAAUGAGCUGAUGGGAUUUUGGUACUUUGGGAAGGUGUGGUGUGAGAUCUAUCUGGCCCUUGACGUUCUUUUCUGCACCGCCUCUAUUGCCCACCUCUGUGCCAUCAGCUUGGACCGCUACUGGUCCAUCACUCAGGCCAUCGAGUACAAUUUGAAGAGAACGCCACGCCGCAUCAAGUCCAUCAUCGUCAUCGUGUGGGUCAUCGCUGCGGUCAUCUCCUUCCCGCCUCUGAUCACCAUGGAGAAGGAAAACGGCAGCGAGAGCCCCGUGUGUAAGAUCAACGACGAGAAGUGGUACGUCAUCUCCUCCUGCAUCGGCUCCUUCUUCCUCCCCUGCAUCAUCAUGGUGCUGGUCUAUGUGCGGAUCUACCAGAUCGCCAAAAAGAGGACGCGGGCUCCACCCGGAGACCGCCAGCAAAAGGGCCUGUCCGGGCCCGGCGCCGCCGCAGCCGGCCAGAGGGAGAACGGCGUGGGCGAGCCAGACGACGGCCUCUGCCACGAGAAGCUGAACGGAGAACAGGAUGUGGAACUGAAGGAGGGGGUCGAGCGGGGGGCAGAUGAAGCAAAGGUGGAGGUCAACGGGGGGGACAUGGAGGAGUCCUCCUCCUCUGACCACAAAGCGGACCAUCCGUGCUCCAUCCCAAAGAAGUCGGCAAAGGGGAAAACCAGACUGAGCCAGGUGAAACCCGGAGACGCCGACCCCCAGAGGCGGGCGCAGAGCGCCAAAGCCAGUCGCUGGAAGGGCCGCCAGAACCGGGAGAAGCGCUUCACGUUCGUCCUGGCCGUGGUCAUCGGGGUCUUCGUCGUCUGCUGGUUCCCCUUCUUCUUCACCUACAUGCUGAAGACGCUGUGCUCCAGCUGCUACGUGCCCACCGCGCUCUUCAACUUCUUCUUCUGGUUCGGCUACUGCAACAGCGCCCUCAACCCCAUCAUCUACACCAUCUUCAACCACGACUUCAGGAGGGCCUUCAAGAAGAUCCUGUGCCGAGAGCGGAGGAAGUACCUGUGACGGGACCGCGUCUGCCAGCUUUGUUCUAAAGCCGCCGGCCGUUUGGGCGGGAACCUGCUGAGCGGCAUCGCUCAGUGCGACCGUCUGCGAGGACGUUCAUGUGCGGCAGCGGCCCUCACCCGUUCAGGCUGUGGAGGAUCCAGAAGGGAUGCUCAGAUGACCCCGGGUCACGUGUGCAGCAGUCAUGUGCUCAGCAGUGCUUGUUUUAGUGCUGCUGUUGUUCUAAAGCAGCGUUUGGACCCAACCGUCCCGGAUUCUGCAUGUUCCCCCCGACAGCCCAGAAUCUCAGGAAGCUCCGCCCCUUCCUGCAGCCGGCAGGAUGUUUGCUUCCUGCAGCUUCUGCUCAUGUGUGUUUUGUUGUGGUGGGGAGUCCACACGCCGUAAAUACAGCUGGUUCAGCAGAGCCAGUCGGGGGGGGGGGACUGUCCAAACACGUCUGACAUUGAGGCUGACGCCAUGCAUGUAUGAUGUAAAUAUGUUUAACAGCACAUGUGUUGGGACUGGCAGCUGGGCUCACAUGUUGAGCUGAACUUUGGGGGGGGGGGUCCACCUCCCGGUUGUUACGUAGUUUGAUAGUAUCAGAAGGAAAUUUUCUCUGAGCUCCAACAUGAAUGUUUUCAACUUAGCUGUAAAUCACUAAAAAGGGGACAUUUCUUAACGCCCCCCUCCCAUCUUUUCAUUAUGAUGAUGCUGUUCCCGCCCCCUUUCCCCUCCCCGGUGCUGAGAGUUUGGAGCAGGGAGCUUGUGGCCCCGCCCACCAUAUUUUCUACGUCACAAAUCCGAUCUUCUUUUAAAGGAAUUCAUGAUUGUAAUAAAGAAAAACUCAGAAAUGCAGUUUUAUGCUAAAUUUAGAAAUGUCCUCCAUCAUCAGUGGCCUUGUGGUGGAGUGUCCGCCCAGAGAGUGGAAGGUCAGGAGUUCAAAUCCAGACCGAGUCAAACCACAGACUCUAAAAAUGGGACCCAAUGCCUCCCUGCUUGACUCUCAGCAUGAAGGGGUUGGAUUGGGGGGGUUAAACCACUCCCCCAGGAGAGGGGUCAAAUGCAGAGAACAAAUUUCAAACACAUAUGUGACUUUAACUUGACAGAGGACCAUGUUAGAAACAGCGUUGUGGGUCUUUAACCUUCUUACAUCCUUUUCAAGGUUUAACAUACGUGAAGUUCCCCAUGUUUUCCAUGAAAGGAUGCACAGUGAGGCACAGAAACACGCAUCAACCUUCUGUUGAGGGAAAGGCCUCUGCUUGACAUGAAGCAGCAGCCUCAGGCCUGCAGCGCCCCCUCUUCCCAUCAUCCACCAGCUUCUCACCUUCAUCUGACUUUAUUUCUGGGAACCAAACAGACCCGUUUGUGCCGUGUACUUCUUGUUGUGUAAAGUUUUCCGUCAGAAUCGUUGUCUCUGUCUGGAUGCUAUAUUGUGUUGUUUUGUACGGUUGUAUGACAACGACGACUCACACCAUGAUGGUGACUGUAAUUUGUGGUGAAACUGCAGAAACGUUCAAGAAUAAAGAGUUUUUUUCUGA